CCCUACCUGAGACACACAUAUCGUGGUACACACAGGCGUGGUGACCACAUCGACUGUACUGGGAGAACUGCCAACCAUGACUGGGAUAGUUGUCUCAGUUCUGGUAACUGUGUUACUGGUGACUUCGGGGAGUGCAACACCGACUGAGGACAUUGAAGGGUAUUUUAAAGACUUGAGGAAAGAUGUCAUGCAAAGGUUUGAUGGAUUGGAAAAGUCAAACGAAGCGCUGCUCAAGGAAUUGCAUCAAUUUGAAGAUGCCAUUGGACCAGAAGCAAAGGAAAAGGCAAACAGGAACCAAGGAGCAGGAUGUGAAGACCAUUCACGUAGCUGCUCAAAGUACGCCAAGAGAGGGUACUGCAGGAAAAAGGCUGAUCAGAUGUUGAAGAAAUGUCCGAAAUCCUGCAAUGCUUGUAUGAAUGUGACAACCCUACUACCAGCACAGGAGACGACUAAAAGCAGCACAGAUGCAGGUUGUGUGGACCAUUCACACCGAUGCCCAAAGUACGCCAAGAAAGGGUUGUGCGAAAAAAAACAUCAUCUAGUGAAGAUAUGUCCGAAAUCCUGCAAUGCUUGUAUGGAUGUGACAACCCAGCUUCCAGCACAGGAAGCGACCAACAGCAGCACAGGAGCAGGAUGUGAAGACCAUUCACGUAGCUGCUCAAAGUACGCCAAGAGAGGGUACUGCAAGGAAAAGGCUGAUCAGAUGUUGAAGAAAUGUCCGAAAUCCUGCAAUGCUUGUAUGAAUGUGACAACCCUGCUACCAGCACAGGAGACGACUAAAAGCAGCACAGAUGCAGGUUGUGUGGACCAUUCACACCGAUGCCCAAGAUUUGCCAAGAAUGGGCUCUGCGAAAAAAGUGAUCAUGUGGUGAAGAAAUGUCCGAAAUCCUGCAAUGCUUGUAUGGAUGUGACAACCCAGCUUCCAGCACAGGAAACGACCAACAGCAGCACAGAUGCAGGUUGUGUGGACCAUAUACACCGAUGCCCAAAGUACGCCAAGAAAGGGCUCUGCAAAAGAAAUGAUCAUGUGGUGAAGAAAUGUCUGAAAUCCUGCAAUGCUUGUAUGGAUGUGACAACCCAGCUUCCAGCACAGGAAACGACCAACAGCAGCACAGAUGCAGGUUGUGUGGACCAUAUACACCGAUGCCCAAAGUACGCCAAGAAAGGGCUGUGCGAAAGAAAUGAUCAUGUGGUGAAGAAAUGUCCGAAAUCCUGCAAUGCUUGUAUGAAUGUGACAACCCAGCUUCCAGCACAGGAAACGACCACCAGCAGCACAGGAGCAGGAUGCGAAGACCGUUCGAGUAUCUGCUCAAUAUACGCCAAGAGAGGGUACUGCAAUGAUAAGGGUGAUAAGUUGUUGAAGCUAUGUCCGAAAUCCUGCAAUGCUUGCAUAAAUGUGACAACCAAGGUUCCAGCACAGGAGACGACCAAAAGCAGCACAGUUUUAGUGUCUCUUCCCCUAGCUAAAGAUAGACGACAUCGCACAAAAGAUGCCUUCCUGUCUAUUGAUCCUCCUUCCGAUUCUGAUACCGAGCAGACACGGCAAAGAUUAAAUAUACGACAUCGCACACCUAAGGCCUCAAUCGCCAUUGAUCCUGUUCCCAAACGCCCACAGCCAAGAAAGAAUAUACGACAUCGCACACCUAAGGCCUCAAUCGCCAUUGGUCCUGUUCCCAAACGCCCACAGCCAAGAAAGAAUAUACGACAUCGCACACCUAAGGCCUCAAUCGCCAUUGAUCCUGUUCCCAAACGCCAACAGCCAAGAAAGAAUAUACGACAUCGCACACCUAAGGCCUCAAUCGCCAUUGAUCCUGUUCCCAAACGCCAACAGCCAAGAAAGAAUAUACGACAUCGCACGCGUGAAGCCUCAAUAGCCAUUGAUCCUGUUCCCAAACACCCACAGCCAAGAAAGAAUAGACGACAUCGCACAAACGAAGCCUUCCUGUCUGUUGAUCCUCCUUCCGCUUCUGAUACCGAGCACCAACAGCCAAGAUUCACUAAACCACACUACACAAGAAAGGCUGCUGAUCAAGUUCCCAAACGCCCUCAGAGACGAAACGGCAAUGAUGUUGCAGUUGACUCACCACAUCUGGCUGUUGAUCCUGUUCCUCUUGGGGUCCGUCAACAUUCAAGGGAAGGUAUACUGAACGAUCGGGUGCACGUCAGACAAGGCAGGCCAGAGGUAGACUUGGAACAGCAUAGAUUGUCACUUUUUGAAGUGGCGCUUGGACUCGGGACCAAUAUCGAACGAAAAAAGCAGUAACAUUUAAAAAAAAUCUUGUAUGAGUGCUUCCCGUAGAAUUACGGUAAUAAAUGCGGUCAUCACGAUGGGACAUAUUUGGAAAUAUAAACGUUACUUUCCUCGAUGCGAUAUCCCAUGGUACAAGGAAAAUGUUAUUUUUCAUAAUGAACUUAACUCUUAAGGUUUGGUAUGUUUUGUUUGUCAAUCCAAAUUGCUGACUUGAUGACUGCAGGAAUAUGAUCAGACCACUACAUAGGAAGAUAUUCCCUGUAUCGGUUGAAGCUAUUAAACUCUUUGCAAUAUCA